AUGGCCGACUUCUCUGCGUACACCGGACCCAGCGCCGAAUGGCUGGCCCUCGAGGCAACCCUGCCUGCAGUCCCCGACGAUCUUACGGCGGAACAAAUCAAAUCAUUCAUGAACAAGACUCGCGAGGAGUCCGCCGCGCGGGAUAUGAUCGACCUAGGUCUGAGUUCCGCGGUGCAGAUGCACGAUCACACGGUCAUAGGCCGCGACGGCACGGCCCUAGAAGUACGCACCUACCGCCCUGCAGGUGUCCCCAUCUCCGAGCGCCUGCCUGUCUACGUCCAUCUGCACGGUGGCGGUUUUCUGUUUGGCACGCUGAGCUCUGAAGAUGCGACUUGUUCGCUCAUUGUAACCUCGCGCGUCCAGCAGGGUACUCCCGUUGUAGUCCUCAAUCUAAACUACAGACACACGCCCGAACACGGCUAUCCCGCUGCUUGGCAUGAUGUCGAAGAUACCUUCGUCUGGCUGCACGAACAUAUCGCUGAGAUCGGCGGUCUCAGCGAUCGGGUUGUCGUUGGCGGCAUUUCGGCUGGUGCGUGGCUGACGGCGUCGUUGGUGUUGACGCAGCUGCGUGGUGAGGAUGAGCGCUUGAGUGCUCUUCCUAAGAUUGCAGGACAGGUGCUCAUGAUUCCCUGUCUUGUGGUGUCUGAACACUAUGCGCCCAGAAUGGAGAUGCUUAAGAGUCCUGAGUUGUCAAGUUAUGUGCAGUGUGCUGAAGCGCCGAUCUUGCCGAUGAGUCGCAUGAAGCUGUUCAGCGACCUGCUUCUUGCGAAUAACAAGGACGCCAUUAACGAUCGUAAGAUAAGUCCUGGUAAUGCCACCGCGGAAGAGAUCAAGCAGCUGCCUCCUACUACGUUUGGCAUUGCGGGAAAUGACCCUCUAAGAGAUGAGGGAUUGUUCUUUGCGCAAGAGCUUGCUGCGAAUGGUGUUCCUACGGACGUCCAUGUUUUCCCUGGCGUGCCCCAUGGGUUCAGAAGAUACGGGGAUAAACUUUCCGAGUCCAAGAGAUGGGACGAGGUGAUGAGCAAUGGCAUUUCAUGGGCGCUGUCAAACCCUGCGCCUGCUCCAUUCGCGAUCAAGGCAGAGUAG